AUGCCCCCGAAACGUUCGGAUGAUCACUCUCUGAAACGAUCUCGCGACAAGACGCCUCAUCGUGACAGACAAGAGUCACCGGAACGAGAGCCUUCACAACGCCGGAAUUCGCGAGAGUCUCCGCAACGCCGUCAGCGAGACGCUUCACCACCCGAGUCGUCGUCGCGUCGCAGUGCUCCAACUCGUCGAUCCAACACUCGGACAGAAUUUCAAGUGCCGAUGACUCCUCAUUCGCCAACUCCGACAAAAAAGAUCAAACCAUCAAGUGGCGCCACCUCGUCUUCUCGUGCAAAUGAAUCUCCCAUGGAUACGUCUACUUCGACAUUACGCAGAAGUUCCCGUUUGUCGAGCGAUUCCGAUUCCAUGACUUCCAUGAUGGCAUCUCGCCAUUCCGAUACGUCAAAUACGGGGAUUCUUCGUGACGAUCGUCCACGCGUGCCAAGAAGAGACAGCUCAAGACCGAGAAACGCUGUGCACUUCGGGAAUCAGUCGAAUGUGAGGGACUCGAGCAGUCGUCGAGACAAAAGAGAAUCGACGUCAAACCGGAAUAAGUCGAUGCAAAGAGAUCCGAGCAGUGGCAGAUUUGAAAGUGCUACCAAGGAAGCUAGAGAUCACUCAAGAGAAAGAGACUCGAGCAGUCGUCCUGACAAAAAAGAAUCGACGUCGAAUCGUGAUCAGUCGAGACCAAGAAAGUCGAGAAGGGACGAGAUUGCACCGCCGGCAUCUAGGAAUCGAUCAAGAUCAAGGACUUCGAGAAAUGAUCAUGGCGACGGGCCAUCAGGAGGAGCCUCCAAAUUACCGAAGACGUCUACGCGCCCGUCACGUGCUGUUUCGAGAGUUCAACCAGAUCGUAGAUCAAAAAGCAAGCCGAAGGGGCCAGAGAUUCGAGCCGAUGUCUCAACUUCAGAUAAUAAAUUUACGUCGAACCGAAAUCGCAGCUUGUCUCCGAGUCCUUCUCCAAAGUCUUCACGGGGAAAGUCAUCCCAUCGUUCUCGCUCCCAAAAGCCACGAAAACACAAAGAUGAGGUCUCAUUUGAGGAGACUAUCAGGAAAGUUCACGAACACUCGAUAGACUGGUUCACCAAAUGCUGUAUCGUGUCGAUGUACAAACGGAUGGAUAAAAACGAUCUUUCUGUCGAUGUCCGCAGAAUUCUCGAUAGACUGGAAAGGGAUGUUGAGGAGACCGACUGUUGUUCCGCAAAAAUUCCGGUCCCUGUACGGAACAAGGCCACUACUACGGAUGACUACCGAAUGCUGGAUAAGCAUAUUAACAAUCUCGUCUUGUCCGUUAAAAGAACUGGUGCCACCUCAGCGCCUUUUGACGCAAAAUACCCAAAAGGCCCUACGUACACCGGGGAUACGUUUAUUGAUCCAUCAACCACAUCUGCUGCCGAUAUUAUAGAAGCCGCCGGAAACAUGUUAGAGACUGGUCGCAACACAAUCCAUGAGACACUGGACAAGACAAGAAUGCGGAAUUUGAUUUCCGAAACAACACGUGCUCUCAAGUCAGACGUGAAAUUUUUCGAAAAAUAUCGUCAGCGAGAUGCCAUAAGACCCAGCCAGGGACAUCUGCCUGUGGCAGUCUAUGAAAUUGAAACCAACUCGGAAGAUGACAUAUUACUGUUGAAGGAAAGCCUUCGGGCUGCUUCAGUAGCAGUAGUCAGAAAUGCCUGCGCUGUGUUCAAAUUGGAUGUUGAUCGAUUCAAGUUGGAUGAGGUGACACUCAUUAAUCCGAACGUUUUCGUCGACGUUGCUAGACAAAUCCCACAACCAACGUCUUCCAACUAUCAUAUUCGGAACUAUGCGAGGCAAACGGAUGAGGAGAAUUGGGCUGCUUACCUGUACACGCAUGAGGUGAAAAUUACCGAACUGGCUCAAUAUCAUCAAAACGUGGAAACACUCUCCAAGAGAGCACUCGAGAGAAUUAUUGAAUCGCCCUCAACUCACGAGACCGUUCUCCGUCACUUAUCUGGAGAACUGAAGAGCGUUCAGAUUCCACUACCGAGAAAUGUGAAAGCGGAUAGAGACGCAAUGGCCAUUGCAUUUGGAACAAAUAUAGAUAUCCCAAAUGGUCCUGCGUAUGCUGCACUAAACAAAGAAAUCGCAAAACUUCCAGAAUUUGUACAACCCGUUGGUCGGAAGACUUUCUGGGCCUAUGUAAACGAUAAAUUGCUCGGAGUAAACUCAAUGCAAGUCUACUACAAAGUGCCAGGUGUCAGAACCUUUCCACAUCUUGAGAAUGGAUGUCUCGCAUCAGUCAACAUAAAUAUCGGAAUGGGUGAAUGCAUAUGGUUCUGCGUUCCGAUGGAGUUUGCAGGAAAGCUUCAAGAAUUGGCUCGGGAAAUGAUUGGAAUAAAAAACGGAGAAUCAAUUUUCGUUCGUGGAUUCUGGCCGGUAGUGAAAUGUUGUUUGGACGCCGGGAUUCCACUUGUCAAGUUCAUCCAAAAACCAGGGGAUAUGGUUGUUGUGGGCCCGGGAACUUACCACUGGGUCCAAUCCAAUGAAAUCACUUCCCAUAUUGCCUGGAAUCUGGCUCGUGGGACGUUCACCCAACUCGCAGCCGUUGCAAUCAGUAAUGACAACUACCUGUCUAACCAAUACACUCCGAUGAUUCCAAUAGAGCCAAUUAUCUGGGGGGUGACAGUGGAAUCUAGACUGAAGAGAGACUUCCGUAGACUCUUAAAGCAUCUUCUGUGCAGGAGCCUGUUUAAUGCUAAAGUAGAAGAGGGAUUCGUUUAUGCUAAGAAAUAUACGCUGAAGAACGUCAACGAAAAACCUAAUCUUCUGGCUGUGGAGCGGUGUCAAAUGUCGAGAUGCGGAACAGUUCUCUUCAACACAAUACCGUGUGAUAAAGACGGAAUUGUCACAUGCUAUGAAUGUCUCGCGAGACGCGGACUACUUGAUAUGAAGACGGAAAUUGUUGUCUACAUCAGACACGAUAUUUAUGAACUCGAGGACAAAUAUGAUGAGUUCAUCAAUAAGAGAGAAUAA